CUUGGACAAGCAUCAGGGGUCAUCGCAAGAGGCGUGCAACCCUGGCAAGCCCAGGCCCUGGAUGCAUCCGAUUGUUGACGAUGGAAUUUGGAACAUUGGCUUUGAUGGCUCGGUCCUCAUUCACAUCCUCGCUUCUGUAUUUUGGAUACAGCACACCAUAUUGAUCAUCCAACAGCCGGCAUCAUCCAAUAACACCACAGCCGUGUCGAUCCAUUUUUGGAUAUUUUCAGACUUUAUAUUGCCCAAUAUCAGCACCCCGCGCGCAGAUGGCCAGGACACGGUCCACCAAAGCCGCGACGGCGACGGCCAAGUCAAAGGCCAAGCCCUCCGAAUCCGUGACGGCCUCGAGGCACAUUCUAUCCUCCGAGUUCGAGAACCCGUCUAGGCUGCUCAUCCUCCCCAAAGAUGCAACGCCCGACGCCCGCAUCGUCUCGCUCCCGAACCCGCGCUACCCCAAGCCGACCCGGUACCUGGUAUGCCCCAGCACGGGCAUCUACGAGUUCACAAAGAUCGCCGCGCCAAAAGCGACGCCGCGCAGCUGGCUGGUGGCCCAAUACGGCGAUGGCGGCAGUCCGGCCGCGCGCCAUGUCGGCGACGACGACGACACCAAACAGUCCGAGCGGCGCUUCCGGGCCGAGCUCGUCAAGAGCCCCGAGCUCUUCAUCGCGUCCAAGAUCGACCCCGUCUUCCUCCUGCUCCCCGCGCUGGCCGCCCAGCCGGCGGGCGGCAACAAGUCGUCCGGGGGGUCCGGCAAGCGCAUGUUCCUCUCGAGCGACUCGCACCUCGACCGUCUCGUCGAGGGCGACUCGCACCUCGGCGAGGUCCUGCGCUGGGAGGGCACGCGCGAGCUGCUCGAGGGCCGGAUGGCCUGCGUCUGCGACACGGUCGACGCCGGCGACGAGUCCAUGUUCCGCCUCAGCGAGGAUAAGCUGCUCGAGGUCCUGCUGUCCAAGGCGAGGCGCGUCUCGCUGCCCAAGAGCAUGCACGAGAAGUUCGUUACCAAGGCUCUCGAGGCCCCCGUGCUGGGGCAAAGGAGUGCGGCUGCCCCCAAGCCGGCGCCGCAGUCCACAGACCAGACGGACGCGGAAGGUGACUCGGCAGACUCUCAGUCUUCGGCCGCGACGGCCGGCUCGUCAACAACCGCCGCGUCAGACGCAUCAACCGCUGCUACCUCGGUGGGAGGAGACGCUGCCGAAACCGCCGACGAGGUGACGGCCGCCAUCACCGCAUCGAAAGAGGUUAUCCAGCUGCAGCAGCUGCGCGUUGCGUUCAACUUCAUUUGCUCCAGCUACGUCCCGCCCGCAUUGGUGGUUGUCCUAAGGGAGCUCCUUGCUGCCAAGGGGCAAGGGACGGUCGACUUUGCGCCGCUGGACGAGUACCUGGCACACCUAGCGAAACUGCGCCAAGAGGCGACGCUGGCUAGGUCGGCUUCGGACUUUUCGCGUAAGAGGGGCCAUGACGAGGAACAGGAGGAGCGCGCUGAAAAGAAGAGGAAGAAGGACGAGGAGGAAAAGCGCAAGAAGGCGAACGAGAGCAGGGGCGUAAGAGAUCUGAAGAAGGUCAACGUCAGUGGCAUGAAGAAAAUGAGUGAUUUCUUCAAAAAGAAGUGACGGAAGUUCUUUUUGCAUCUAAAACCUUGCGUUGUAUGAUAAGACAUGGGUUGGACUUCGUGCCGAUACAGGGCCGUGUUUCCAGGAUAAGGGGUUGGAGUUUGGGUUCAGGUUUGUACAAUGGUAUCUGCUGAUUCUAGAGGAAUUCGUACAUGUAAGAGGAGAUCAUCCUCGGCUCGAGACGGGUAUAUGCCGUGGUUGGUUACCUUCCCAAAUUGAGCUCAGACGAGCCCAGGGCAAUACACAGACGGUUGACACUGGCUCA